AUGCCGCUUUCAAGACAGGCCUCCCUUUUAUCGGCCACGUCGAAUUCCCACAGCCAUCCAGAGAAAAUUGGCCCUUGGAAGUUGGGAAAGACUCUCGGAAGAGGUGCCACCGGCCGUGUGCUCCUUGGUGUCAAUAGUUCUACGGGACAGAAAGCUGCCGUGAAGGUGGUUUCCAAAUCUGCUUUGAACGAUGAGUAUGACAAACCCACAAAAGGUGGUCUCCCCUAUGGCAUUGAACGUGAAAUCAUCAUCAUGAAGUUGCUAACCCAUCCUAACGUGUUGCGUCUUUACGACGUCUGGGAAACUUCCAAGGCAUUGUACUUGGUUUUGGAGUACGUCGAAGGCGGCGAGUUGUUCGACUUGUUAGUCGAGAGAGGCCCAUUGCAGGAGCAAGAGGCCGUCAAAUACUUUCGUCAGAUCGUGUUGGGCACUGCCUACUGCCAUGCCUUGGGUAUCUGCCACAGAGACUUGAAACCUGAGAAUCUUCUUCUUGAUGCCUCCCUUAAUGUCAAAUUGGCUGACUUUGGUAUGGCUGCAUUGGAAAGCAAUGGCAAAUUGCUUGAAACCUCCUGUGGAUCUCCUCACUACGCUGCUCCUGAGAUUGUGUCAGGCUUGAAAUACCACGGUGCCGCCUCCGAUGUUUGGUCUUGCGGUGUCAUUCUCUUUGCUUUGCUCACAGGAAGAUUACCCUUCGAUGAUGAGAACAUCAGAAACUUGUUGUUGAAGGUUCAGGCUGGUAACUUUGAGAUGCCCGAAGAAUUGAGUAAUGAUGCCCAGGAUUUGAUCUGGCGUAUGCUUACAGUCGACCCAAUGGAGAGAUUGACCACUCCUGAAGUUCUUAACCAUCGUUUGCUUAACAAAUACCCCAUUCCUAACGAAGAUCUCAUCAGUGUCAAGUCCUUACCUCAUCCAGAAACGGCUUAUAGAUCAUUGGGCUCGAUCAAGAACAUCGAUAAGCAGAUCUUGCUGAACCUUUCCAUCUUGUGGCAUGACAGACUGGAAGACGAAAUCGUCAAAUGCCUCCUCAAGGAAGGUCCUAACCCAGAGAAGACAUUCUACGCUUUGCUUCUCAGGUAUAGACAUACCCUGGACGAGGCUGCAACUCCUUCGACGUCUGUUAAUGGCUCUCCUGACAAAAGAAUACCCCGUUCAGGAUCCUCAAUGUCGAACAGAGCGACUCCAAAGAGAAGAAGCAGUAAGAUCAAUGCUUCCACCGCAAAAAAUAGACCAGUGUCUUUCCAGAGACGUUAUGGAGCCAACAGAAACUCGAUAAUCAACACAGGCAGACUUUCCGCUGCUUCUAGCGUUCAAAACUCCCCAUUCAAGUCUCCUGGCAGAAACAAUAGAGGCUACAGUCAGUCACCAUCGAAAUCACCUCGCAGAAAGCCAAUUCCCUCCAGGCAAUCUGCAGCAAACUUGCCCAGAAACCUCUAUAAUGAUAUUGUGAAUGCUCAGGAGCAAUCUCAAGGUUCCCUUCCGCCAACUUUGCCAUCAAAAGAUUCCAUCUACGCUUCUGGAGAGCAAGAUCCUAAUUCACAAGUUAAACCACUCGAUGGCCAGGGCAGACCCCAAGAACUUGCACUUGAAUCGGCGCCACCACUCGCUCCAGGCCCCUUGUCCAACUCUGCCAAAAGAACUUCCAUGGCUUCCAAAAGAAUGUCUAGACGCAAGUCGAUCAGACAAUCUCUCACCUCAGGUCUCAAGAGAAAUUCUAUCACGGUGAAGUUGUUAUCCACUUACGCCAAGUUGUCCAAUGAGACCGACUGGGAGUAUAUGGAUAAGCAAACCAAGCGUACUUCUGCAACUUUUGCUACAUUGUGUGAUAAGAUUUUCAAUCAGGAAGAUUACAGUGUCGACGAUGAAAGGCUUGAAGAUGAAGAGGAGAAAAGAGCUAAAGAGUACGAGAAGUUGAUGGAGCUCGAGCGCAAGAAGCAUGAAGCAGAACUCAAAGCCAGAAAGGAGUUAGCCAAACAGAAGAGACGUCUGAAGAGACGGUCGUUGCUAGCUUCUUCGAAGAAGUUGUCCAUCACUGUCACCGAAGACAACAAGGGAGAGCUGGAAUUGAGUCCUGAGGGCGGUCAACUCCUGCAACCAAAGAGACAAUCCAAGAACACCAGUAACUUGCGGUCCAUCUCCGAAGGUGGUAAAGAUGAUCCACUGAACGAAUUGACUCAGCAGGAAGUUGAAGCUCUCAAAAAGCGGUCUGUGACCCAACCUAAUCCUCGUCGUCGUCUAACCCCAAUCUUGACAAGACGUCCUGUUUCACGUUUGGACCCCUUGUGGACAGCUCAAGACAUCCACAAUGCUGGUACCGAAGGUGAAGAGAAAAUUGAGAAGAGCAAGAAGAGAGUGAACAGGGAAUCGAUGAUUUCCGUUGGUAAUGCUGAUGACGUGCAAAGGCUCUCAAAGGACUUCGAGUACGAAAAUCAGGAGUUCCAUCUUUCAGAGAACGAGAAGGAAGACGAAACUGAGUUGAGUGAGGAAUACAUGAGCGAGAUUCGGAAAUCCAAACUCCUCAACUCACAAUACAACCUUAAGAAGAACUUGAAAGAAGCAGAGUCUGAACCUGCUCCCAAAAGCAGAGGCAAUAAGAGAAAUUCACAGAAGCUCGAGGACAGAAAGACAUUGAUUGGAAGCGUUAAUAUACCCAAGGUUACGAGAAAGUCAACCCAGUUCUCCGCUUCAAACAAACGCUUGUCCAUUCUCACCAUGAGAUCUACUAAGGAAUCAUACCGUGACUUGAACAGUAUCCUUGAUGCUCAUAACGAGGAUAUUGAUGAGAGCGAGCUUGCCGAAGAAGAGAAGUUAGACAAUAACAUGCCUCAGCUCAGAACAAGUUUUGCUGACCGUUUGGAUCGUGCUGGAUUUUCGAACGAUGACGAAGAGGAGAUGUCAGAGAAUGGAUCAGUGAUGGACUUCGAUGAACAUCUUGCUAACAAGCGCUCUUCUUACUACGCGGGCAACAAGCCUAAGAGAUACCCAACGACUAAAAGACAUUCCGUGAAACCAAAGAGGGGUCCUUUGGAUGACGAUGAAACCCUUUUCGAGGCUAAGAUUAGUCCUGACAAGAAUGCCGACUACACUUUUGCAGACGAAGGCGACAACAAGGUUGUCGAUAAAGAUGACGAGGAUGUAUUUGACAACAUCAAAUUACCAAAGGACAAGAAGAGAACAUCGCAAAAGCCCAAGAGGGAAUCUGGUAGGGAUCGAGUUUCCACAAUGUUGAUUCCUAACAUGGAGAAGGUCGAGUCUGAGACUAGACAAGAACGCCAGAAGCCAAACGGGAGAGUGCAUGAUGAGAAGGGUACGAUCAAUAAUCAUCAAAAGCGUACUAAGCCAUUGGUUGACAAGACCAACACACAACAUGCUCCUCCAGAACAGCCUCAGAAGAGAAAUAGAUCAAUUUUCCGCAAAUUGUCCUGGGGAACGAAGAAGUCUUUGGAUGAUAAUGAGGCUCAACAGCUCCCUUCACCAGCUGACUCUAGGGCAAACUCGGUCGAAGAGAAGAAAGGCGGCUUGUUCUCCAGAUGGUUUUCAUCGUCUAAUACCGCUCCAACUGCUGGCGAUAUCAAGAGAUUCAGGACAAUUUUGCCAAAGCAAGAGAUGAUCACUGCAUUGUACGCGCUUCUCAACUCUUGGUCUAAUUUUGGUUUGAAGAACCUCAAGAAAGACCAGGUCGGGUACAACAUUACGGGUGCUAUUUCCAGCAAUAACUCAUUUAACUUGAAGAGUUGCAAGUUCAGAAUUAAGAUCAACCCAGAGCCUUAA